AUGCAGUUGGCACGUAGUUUCAGCACAUGCGCUCGUGCUUUGCGCAGUGGGUAUUCUACUGUGGAACCCGUACACCAUUUGGUGAAGAUCAACAAGGCAUCUUUGAAACCAGGUAUGACCCAAUUGUUGAAGUCUAAGUCCGAUAUCACAGCCAUAGGGUUCAAGCCCGUGGAAAUAUCACAAGAUAGAGUACGUGAACACUAUAACAAUACCGUUAAGAGCGACUUGAUGUUGCAUUUUUAUGAACACGAUGCAAAGACCGUUGAAGGACAAAAGUUUAGAGAAUGGGGUACUGAUUCUCCGUAUAAGAUGUAUCGUUCCAUGAAAAAACCUCGUGGUAAGGGUAAGGCAACUAGAAACAUUAAACCUAUUACAUCCAAAAAUGUUCCUGAGUUACAAAGCAUCGUCAUUAAUUUAUAUGCCCCAGCCAUUGCUGAACACAAGUGGUUAAGUGUUUCUGCCCGAGCAUUCAUUGCACAGAUCACAAACGUCAAGCCUCAACUUCUUAGAAAUAGAUCCAACGUCAUUGGUUGGAAGAUUAGAGUGGGUAGACCUUGUGGUUGUAAGGUGGAAUUAAAGGAUAGAGAUAUGCAUCAAUUCUUGACUACUUUAACUGAAUUGGUAUUACCUCGUAUUAGAACAUUCACAGGUUUAAAGCCAACUACUGGAGAUACUCAUGGUAACAUUUCCAUGGGUUUAACCGAAGAGGAUGUCAAGUACUUCCCCGAAGUUGAGCAUUUCCAAGAGUUGUUCCCCAACUUAUUUGGUUUCCACAUUACAUUCAAGACCACUGCCAGAACAGAUGAACAGGCAAGAACUUUGAUAAGUUCCUUGGGGUUCCCUUUUCAGAAGUAG